AUGGGGCCGCGGGACUGGCUGAGGACCGUGUGCUGCUGCUGCCCGUGCAGGUGCCUCGAGGGGCCCGCCGUGCCCGAGAAGGAGCCCCUGGUCAGUGAUAGCAAUCCAUAUUCUUCAUUUGGAGCAACGCUGGUGAGAGAUGAUGAAAAGAAUUUGUGGAGCAUGCCUCACGAUGCGUCCCACACAGAGGCAGACGACGACCGAAUCCUGUACAAUUUGAUAGUCGUUCGAAAUCAGCAGGCCAAGGAUUCAGAGGAGUGGCAAAAACUCAACUAUGAUAUCUACACCCUGCGACAGAUUCGAAGGGAAGUGAGGAAUAGGUGGAAACGCAUUUUAGAAGAUUUAGGCUUUCAAAAGGAAGCAGACUCUUUGUUGUCAGUGACGAAACUCAGCACCAUCAGUGAUUCCAAAAACACAAGGAAAGCUCGGGAGAUAUUGUUAAGAUUGGCUGAGGAAACCAAUAUUUUUCCAGCAAGUUGGGAGCUCUCGGAGAGAUAUCUCUUUGUUGUGGACCGUCUUAUUGCUCUUGAUGCAGCAGAAGAGUUCUUUAAAAUUGCCAGUCGAACUUAUCCCAAGAAACCUGGGGUCCCAAACCUGGCAGAUGGCCAGAAAGAACUGCACUACCUUCCAUUUCCAAGUCCCUAA